AUGGAGAUUGACGCCGUUCAUCUGUGCGGGUUACCAGGGGGGUUACAGGAGACCUCAUGGUCAGUGGUAGGCACACGGAAGGAACCGCCUGGGGUGUUCAUAGGGGCGUCGAGAGUCGACGAUUCCACCGUCCUGCUCUCCAGGCAGUCGGACGGCUCGUCCACGUUCUCCGUGUCCUCUCGGACCCGGCUCCGCGCAUGGCCUCUGGGUCCGCCCACGCACCGCUUCGCGUCCCCGUGCGUCUCCGACCGCGCGUCCCGCCACCACUACGCGCUGCUCCAGGGGAGUGCGGACGCGCCAGCGGCGGAAGCGCCAGGGGCGGGCGCGCCAAGGGCGGAUGCGCAGGUGCUGGCGAGCUGGCCUUUCGGCGCGUCCUCCCUUGCGCCCUCCUUGCUCCUGCACAAGACAGGCGCGGCGGACGGGUGCCACGUGGUGGAAGCUGAUAGGCCGAUCGUCCGCCUCGCUUCUCCCUUCCCUGUCGUAUACUCUCCUUUUCUCACACUCCGUCUCCAACCUCUGCCGUUCCUGCUCCGUUCCCCUCCCCGCCCAUCCUACACAACACCAGACGCGACGAAGCCUGCAGCCGAGACCACACCUGCCACCGCCGCCACCGCUACCACCACCACCACCUCUCCCCCCGUCCCGCCGUCUGGGGGUGUUCUCGCCCUCUGCGCGGAUGGCUCCAUCCGAACCUACUCGCCGGACCUCUCCCUGACCUUCUCGCUCACCGAGCCUGCGGACGGACCUAAGAUUCGCGUGGAGGCCUCAGGAUCGGGGAGCUGGUUUGGGCACAAGGGGGAUGGGAAGCGGGGGAAUGAGUGGGUUCUGGCCGUAGUGGGUGUGGAGGAAGGAGAGGGAACGAGCGAGGGAAGCGGCAGGGGCGGAGCGGCAAGGGUGGUGCGGGUGUACCAUGUGGCCUUUGGGGCGGCGGGUGAUGCGGCCAUGGCUGAUGUGGAUGUCAUGGCACGAGGCGACGGGCAUGGGGAUGUGCCUGUAGUGAAGGUGACUCUAGUGAAGGCCUUCAGAGUCAGGAACCCUAGGCAGGAAAGUGAGGAGGAGGAAAAGGAGGAGGAAGAGGAGGACGAGGCAGGAGGGGAGGAAGCAGGGCGUGCAGUGGUGUCGCUGUGCGUGGGUGAUGCAGGCGAGAUUAUGCUCCUAUGGAGUGAUGCCACGUGGCAGUGCUUCCCCAACACCAUCCCACCCCAAGCCCCGUCACCUGACACCUCCAAGGACUCCCCCACUCCCCCCGCUUUCCUCGAAGCAUCCCUGACACGAAGCCUUGCAGUGACGGCAACGCAGGUGGUACCUGGGGGCGGUGCCACUCACCACCCAAACUCAAAGCCCUCGUCUGCCCAUGCGAGGGUGACAGCAGCAGCCAUGGCUGCAGUGCCUGGGACCCGUUACUGUCUUGUACUCGCUGCCAAGCCCCCUUCUCACACCAAACUCACUGUGAGCACCACAGGCAAUGCAGCCCCCGCUCACCUGCCGCUCUAUGCCAUUGCCUUGGAUACCCUCUUUGGCUGUGUGCACGCCUGCACCCCUCUCCCCUCCUCCUGCUCCCUCCCCGCCUCCCUCCCCCCCUCGCCCCUCCCCUUGCCGCUUAUUCACGCGGAAUGGGUGGGCCCCUCCCCAGAAGACGCCUCCCUGCUGGUUACCACGCCAACCGCACUGCACUCCUUGCAUGUGCACUGUCCCCCACUCUCCCUGGCCUCCGUUCUAGGGGCUUUCCAACCCGCUGUGCCCCUGCUCUUGCCCACCGAACCUGCUGCCGAGCCUGCUUCCGGAGCAGCCAGGACUGAUUCGGCAAAAGUACGGGGGGUGCCUGCAGGUGUCGUGACUGCCGGGUGGGGUGGUUUGGCUGCUUCUGCUGCUAGGGCGGCUGGUUUGGCGCUAGCAGACAAAUCUGGGCCGGGCCACAGCAACCCACUACAGCCGACUGGGUGGUUUGUGGGGCCCACUCUGCACGACUCGGGAUUGGUGAAGAACCUUCCAGGAAGGAACGUGUCAAAAGAGAGCCAGCAAGAAGAGGAAGUGGGAGGAGGGUUGAAGCCAGGAGUUGGGCAGGUGAAGCAGAAACGGAAGGAGAAGAAAAGGGCAAGGAAGUCGCGUGGGAAGGCGCGGUUUGGAAGGUUGCACAUGGAUGUGCAGCUGUCCCGCGCUGCGGACGGCAAUGGGCGGCAGUGGCUGUCCUUUGUGGGGAGCGAGGCGGAGAUGGCUCUGCUGCAUGCGCUGGAGGGUAUGGCUGUGAGGGACGAGCAGGGGGUGGAGGGCGGGAAGAAGAUAGGCAGUGAAGGUGUUGAGGACGGGCACAGGCUGGCCCGUCUCAUCCUGGACUGUGCCAAGCAGCUGACUGAGGAGAGCGGGCUCACACCCCCAGCUGCCGCAGCAGCCAUGGCUGUUCUCAGUGUCGACCACCAGCCGCUCGCCGCGGCAGUUUGUGAAUGCGUGCGGCUGUUCUCGCCCUCGGUCGUGUCAGCGCUGACUCAGCACGCGCUGGCACGCUCCCACCGCAUGCCGCUCCGAGCCAUUGUCAGCUCCGGCCAGGUCACGUCAGCGCUGUGCCCGAACCUGGUGCCGAGCCUGGUGGCUCAGCGGGAGGUGCUGUUACUGGAGGUGUGUCUGGUGCACAUGGGAGACCUGCCCCCCAGACACCUGGCUCUCAUUCUCCGCUUGCUGCUUGAUGAUGCCUUGGCUGCCAGUGAGCAUGCGGGCGAGCGGCAGGCAGGCAGCGAUGCAGAGAAAGGGAGAAGUGCAGAUGAGGAGGAGGAGACGGUGGGUGGGAAGGUAGGAGGGGUGCAGAAGGGUGGUCAGGGAUUUGUGAGCAGCAGGGUGGCGGAGUUGAGGAGGCUGAGGGGUAAGAGGGCCGUGGCAGAUGUGCGUUCAGUGCUGGUUGAUGCUGCUCUGCAGUCAAAGAAAGCCAUUCUGAGGUCCCAUGCCAAGCUUCAGUCCUCGCUGGCAGCUGCGCUGACGUCGUCUGCUGAGCUGGACGCGUUCACUGACGCCGAGCUCAUCCUCCACACAGUUGUCGCCGUCCCAUUCGACGAUACGAUUCUCGCAGCUGCCCUGGCGCCUCUCUCCCUGCCGCACGUCCGCUUCCUCUUCUCAUACUUAGCCAAAUGGGUCGACGUGUACGCGGCUCGGGGAUUCGCUGUUGAGCUUCCUGCCUACUCUGUCUUCGGGGCCCGGCCGUUCCUCCCGGUUCCACGCUUGGAAAGAAUCUUCGCGUGGGUGUCGACACUGGUAGAUUGCCACAUCACCCGCCUCCUCAUGCUCCCGGAUUGCUUGGAGCCAAUCGCGCGUCUCCACCGGUGUGUCAUGCAGCAAGCAGCGGUGGAUAGGAGGCUCACUUCUGUGGUUGGGUUUGUGCCGCACAUUCUGGCGGGGUUGCCUCUCCCAGAGAAGCACCCUAAUGGGUUUGGUGGUGGUGGUGAUGGUAUUGUGGGUGUUGAGGAAUCUGGGCUGACUGUCCAAGUUGUGGAGUUUCCAGGUCAAGCGCCGCGCAGCGGCGUGCAGGCGUCCAAGGUGGAGAGCGAUGGCGAGAACUGGUGGGAGAAGAACAUGCCGCCCAACAUGAGAGACCUCAACUCUACGCACGAAUUCGUGGAGGCCCUGGGCGAAGCGGGCGACAAGCUGGUCGUGGUUGAAUUCUUCGGCACCUGGUGUGGCGCCUGCCGAGCCUUAUAUCCCAAGCUCUGCAAGCUAGCACUUCAGUACCCGGAUGUUUUGUUUCUGAAGAUCAACUUCGACCACAACAAGCCGUUAUGCAAGAGCCUCAACAUUCGCCUCCUACCCAUGUUCCACUUCUACCGAGGAGCAGAGGGCCGCCUAGACGCCUUUUCUGCCUCCAUUGCCAAGAUUCAGAAGUUGAAGGACGCCCUGGCAACCCACAGCACAGACAGAUGCUCACUGGGGCCACCAACCGGACCUGAGCUGAUUCUCCAUCCCGAUGCACCUGUUGCUGCCCCUGCUGCAUCUAAAUUGUCAUGA